AUGUUUUCGUCUCAACCAGAAAUCAUCAAACAGCUUCUUACUAAGAGCCUUGAGAUCACAGCACAGAGGCAGAAUCAAAUCACCCUGCAGGGGCCCCAGGAGAAGGUCAAAGUUACCUCCCCACCCCCACUAGAAACACUUGCGGACUCGCAGCUGGCUGAGACGACUGUCAAUCCUCGCUUGAAAAACAGAGGGCUCAGCGCUUCCUGCCUGGGCUCCACUUACCCCCUGCUCAUGCCUCCGCUCUACGAGAACGGGCCCGCGUCCCCACAGCACCAUUCAGCCUCCCACAUGGAGCCCUCAGGCCAGGACCGCGGCCCGGAACUCCUGGCCGGGCCCUGCUCUCCGAGCCCGGGGUCUCCCCGCCCCCGGCGCGCGCUCGCCCCCGCGGGGGAGAUGUCCGGCGCCGCUAAGCGCAGAGCCGAGGCCCUGGGUCCCGAAUGGUCUCGCCCGGGCCCGGUGGGGCAAAGUCCCACGCCUGGUGCGAGGCCAUCCUGGGCGAGCCUUUCUCGAUCACCCUGUGGGCACACUUAG